UACCACUCUAUGUUGCCCAAAAUCUCGCAAAUGUUGCUGGCCUGCGUGGUUUGUUUCUCGCAGGACUCGUAGGUGCUUCUGUCAGUACAGUGUCAUCGGUGAUCAACUCUCAUGCCGCUACUUUCUACACUGGCAUUGUGGCACCGCAUUUUAAGAUGACCGCCCGACAAGCCAGCACGGUUACCCACGUUCUGGAGGCUACAAGUGGUGGGCUUAUGACAGUGUUCUCCCUGGUGGUGCCUUACAUGGGUACAGCGAUCAGGGUUCUGAUGACGCUGUACAGUGGAGCAUCGGGACCUUUUGCGGGGCUGAUUGCUGUCGCCAUCUGCCUGCCGUGGGCAAAGACCAGGGGUACCGCAGCUGCUACUUCUAUAGUGUUCGCGCUCGUACUGUGGCAGACAGUGGGCAGGACACUGUCUGGAGCAGAACCACCGAGGAUGAACACCACGCUGCUUCGCUGCCCUCAAAACACCACACAUGGUGCCUUAAUCCUAAAUGUGGGGCGUGGUCCCACUGAACACGCGUGGACCAAGAAUCUCACCAGCAUCAGGCACAGUGCGUACAAAGAUAGCAUGCACGAAGAUCCAUUCCUGCUAUACUACCUGUCUUCCUACUGGGUUUCGCUCAUCGCCUUUGUAGCUACAGUUUUGCUGAGUCUUGUGUUCAGUUUCAUUCUGGGUGACAAGCGAGAGCAGGAAGGAAAUCUGCAUCUUUGCAGCCCUAUCUUUGUUCGGCUAUGGAGGAGACUCGGCCUUCUCACAAAGGAGCCCAUUGAUGACGACGUUACGGAAAUGAAGGAUGACGACACAGCGGAGGAAACGUCAUCAUUUCUGCAGCUAAACGAACUGUACCACGCCAACGCUUUGCAGAAUCCUAAGAAUGCCCCUACGCAGUUGACAGCGGCUUUCUAGUUCCCUGCGCUAUUAUAGGGGAAGCUAUCACUCAGGAGCUUAUUUGUAAAUUCAUGGGAACGGAGAAAUUUUUGUCUUUUUUUUGUAACAGCACCAUAUUUGACUACAUUUGUUGCAUUUUAUUGGUGUUAAAAUGUAGUACACUCUUACGCGAAGUUACAGCAUUUGGUGUGUAUCUCUGCCACACAACAAUAAUUGUCCUCUGCCUUUCUUGCAGUUCCUUUCUUCAAAACGCCGCGCCCGCUACUUUCCUGUUGGGAAUGCUAUGUCAUGCUGAUAACGCGCGAGCCGUUCUUUACUGGAAAGUACCGGGCUCGCGGUGUUAAAGAAAGGAAAUGCGGGCGAGACAGCUGACGAUUAUUGGUGCGUGGCAAAAGGGCGUAAUUUUGCUUAAGAGUGUAGGAACACUUAUGCUUGAAAUAUCUUGUUACAUUUUGGAAGUUUUAGAAUUUCAGAAAGCUUAAGUAUCAAGCUUGCAACUCAGUAACCAAGCAAUAAAACACAAUGUCACAUUUUUUUUGUAAACUGCACCUACUAAUCCUACAAAAAUGGGCACAACUCAUAUAUUGUACACCAUUUCGAAAUAUAUCACAAAAUAUAGAAUAGUGCUUUUGAAAAACUCUCCUAAAGAUUAUAACUUGUUCACAGAAGCCGUAAAAUCACAAUUCACAAUUGUCCGCUUUAGAUGCUGUAAUCGUUGUAGAUUACACGCCUGCGAUAAUAAUUUUCCUGGAGAAUAACGGAUUUUUAAACUUCGUGUUCAGUUCUUUUAGGUUAUGAGUAUUUGGCAUCUAAAAAAUGUCCAAGGUCCAAAAUGAAAAUCUUUGAAAUGUUCCUAGAAUUUAACCUUCUGACUGAUAUACCACUAAUUUCAUUCAAAUCGGUGGGCCGUUUAUAUUGCAAUAGCAUUCAUGGGCAUUCUCAUGAUGUUAUUAGAGAAAUCAGAAUUGGCUUCGACAUUCCUUUCCUUUUAAGUCAAAGUGGUGCAUAUUACCUGCGAAUUUUCAUUUUUUUUUGCCAUACAUCGCCAUCGCAUCCGCAAUAGAAGCAGUGUGAUGCGGUCCCUUUAAACCUCUGGGGAGGUUUGGUUUUUGGUUCUGAUAAAAUGCUACGCUUCCUCGAAACCGUGAACUUGACAAAGCAACGUCUAAUAUAGUGGAUGACAAUGCAUGGAGCUGCAUAAUAAACUUUUUUGCCUUUCGA